AUGGCUGCACAGUCAGCACCGAAGGUUGUGCUAAAGAGCACCACCAAGAUGUCUCUGAACGAGCGCUUUACUAACAUGCUGAAGAACAAACAGCCGAUGCCAGUGAAUAUUCGGGCUACCAUGCAGCAGCAGCAGCAGCUAGCCAGUGCCAGAAACAGAAGACUGGCCCAGCAGAUGGAGAAUAGACCUUCUGUCCAGGCUGCUCUGAAGCUUAAACAGAGCUUAAAGCAACGCCUCGGUAAAAGUAACAUUCAGGCACGAUUAGGCCGGCCGGCGGGCCCCCUUGCUCGCGGAGCCAUGGGAGGAAGAGGACUGUCUAUGGGGCAGAGAGGCUUGCCACGCGGAGCCAUGCGUGGUGGCCGGGGAGCGAGAGCUCUGCUGAGAGGAGGAGUCCCACUCAGAGGUCACCUGCUUCGUGGAGGACGAGGCAUGUCCCCCAGGAUGGGCCUGAGGAGGGGUGGCAUUAGAGGCCGCGGUGGCCCUGGAAGAGGUGGUCUAGGCAGAGGUGCCAUGGGCCGCGGAGGACUUGGUGGCAGAGGUUAUGCAGGAUCCCGGGGUCGCGGCAUGGCGGGCCGGGGACGAGGGGGCUUUGGAGGCCGCGGCAGAGGACGAGGACGAGGAAGAGGAUCGGCACGUCCCGCGUUGACCAAGGAGCAGCUGGACAACCAGUUAGAUGCUUACAUGUCUAAAACGAAAGGACACCUCGAUGCUGAGCUGGAUGCUUACAUGGCUCAGACAGACCCGGAAACAAACGACUGA